AGUAGCCGGUGAGUAUUGUGCAGACAGUCGUAGUAACGGCGUUGCCCAAUGCGCAGGUUGUCUCGAUAUUUUUGCGCAGGCGCAGACUGUGGUCACGUGACGCGGAUACCAGCCAAUGAUUACGUUCGUUUAUUAUUGUGUCUGUUAAAAUGACGUAUUUAUUUGUGCGGUUAUUUUAAUAAGUUGUAAUUUUGGCGGGAAAAUAGUUCGAAAGGCGUAACGAUGUUCAAGUUAUCGCAUCCACUACGUCUAUUGGGUCGUGUGUUCCCGAUAGUGCGGUGGUCGAGGAGUUACGACCUGCGAACGAGCAUUGGCGACCUAAUAGCCGGGAUUACAAUCGCUCUAACAUUGAUACCGCAGUCGAUAGCGUACGCCUCGCUCGCCGGAUUCGAACCUCAGUAUGGAUUAUACGCUUCGUUCGCCGGUGGCUUUGUCUACGCAAUAAUGGGUACAUGCCCUCAAAUAAACAUCGGGCCCACCGCUCUGCUCUCUCUGCUCACCUUUACGUAUACCAGCGGAACUAAUCCCGACUUUGCUGUACUCUUGUGUUUUAUAGGCGGCAUUGUAACUUUAGUAGCUGGGAUUGCACAACUCGGAUUCUUAGUUGAUUUCGUAUCGUUGCCAGUGGUAUCUGGGUUUACAUCAGCAGCAGCAAUUACGAUAGCAUCGUCUCAAAUCAAAGGACUCCUCGGGCUAAAGUUCAAUGCUGAGUCAUUCAAGGCGACAUGGGAAGGCGUUGUUCAUCACAUUGGAGACACGCGCAUGCAAGAUACGCUACUUGGACUUGCAUGUUGUAUUGUAUUGAUGGGAAUGAAAGCAAUGAAGGACAUCCGCUUAAAGGAGCCAGAAGACGACAAAAGCCGUCGCAGCGCUAAAAUAAUUCAAAGGAGUCUAUGGUUCGUGGGUGUUUCGAGGAAUGCAGUAGUAGUGGUCAUUGCAUCUGUCAUCGCUUUCUUUGUCUAUGAGGAUAAGAAUUAUCCUUUGAUGCUGACUGGUUCAAUAACACCUGGUCUGCCCACACCUCAGUUGCCACCCUUUUCCAGCAACAUUGGAAAUACUACAGCUUCUGCAGGCCAGAUGCUUGCCCAUCUCGGCUCCGGAUUGAUCGUGGUUCCUGUCGUUGGUAUCAUAUCGAAUGUUGCCAUUGCAAAGGCUUUUUCCAAAGGCAAAACGUUGGACGCAACUCAAGAAAUUGUCACUUUAGGAAUUUGCAACAUAAUAAGUGCUUUCUUCCGAUCGUACCCUGUGAACGGGUCUUUCACUCGAAGCGCUGUAAGCGAUGCAUCAGGCGUAAGAACACCAGCCGCGGGCUUCUAUACCGGUAUAAUUGUGCUGUUAACCUUGGCGCUUCUGACGCCGUAUUUCUAUUUUAUCCCGAGAGCGGCGCUGUCUGCAGUCAUCAUAUGCGCGGUGCUACAUAUGGUUGACAUUGCUAUUAUUAAGAAGUUAUGGGCUACAAGUAGACUGGAUUUGAUACCACUAUUCGGAACGUUUAUAUGCGGUUUGGCUCUAGGCGUUGAAGUCGGCUUAGUUUGCGGCGUCGCUGUUGAUAUAUUGUUACUCCUGUAUUAUCACUCUCGUCCACCACUUGAAGUGCAGUUGGUAGAUGAUGGAAUUAUAAUACCGCAUUACGCAGUUCGUCCAAUCGGAGGACUACAUUUCGCAGGCGCUGAGAGACUUCGGGCGAGACUGGUGGCUUUAAAACAUACAAAGAGUAUGCAACCUCAGACCAUCGAUACGAUACAUGUUACGUCAGACGGCAACGAAAUGCGUAUUACUGUACCGAACGGUAUUAGUGGCACUAUUGUGAAACCUUUAAAAGUUUUGGUCAUACACUGUGAUGCUCUAUCAAGGAUGGACUACACGUUCAUAGAGAGUAUGAAGAUGCUGGUAUCAGACUGGUCUCGAGAUGGCUGCGUGAUCUGGUGCGACGCGAAACCCGCCGUACAGGAGCAGCUCAACACAGUACUGCAGCAGCCCAUAUUCUGCAACUUUGACCAGCUCAGCGCGAUACUAACCAGAAAUUUCGCAAUAGACACACAUGUUAACAAUAUAUGUAGUGAUACUCCGUUAUGAGAUCGGUAAUAAGUUCCCAAAGACGCACGGUGUGAGACAUGAAUUGUUGAUAAACCCCAGUCAAAAGUAAAUACCACUUUAACGUGUUUGAAUGUACUAAAUCUUAAAUAGGAAUUAUGAACAAAGAAUCCUGCAGUAACUUCUUUUACAAAUUAAAUUAUAUAUUAAACAAAUUUCAAAACCAGUUAAAGCCAAGUAAUCACCAAAUAGACUAGAAUCACGCAUCAUAUAAACAGAAAAUUCUAU